UUGAUAGAAAUGGCUAUGCAACCACAUAGCAAGAAAAGAGUAUGCUAUUACUACGACAGCGACAUUGGCAAUUACUAUUAUGGCCAGGGACAUCCGAUGAAGCCUCACCGCAUACGUAUGACACACAAUUUGCUUCUUAAUUAUGGACUUUACAGGAAAAUGGAAAUCUAUAGACCGCAUAAGGCAACUGCGGAUGAGAUGACGAAGUUCCAUUCAGAUGACUAUAUCCGAUUCUUGCGCUCAAUCCGACCUGACAACAUGUCUGAAUAUAACAAACAGAUGCAAAGAUUCAAUGUGGGUGAGGAUUGUCCAGUAUUUGAUGGCCUCUACGAGUUCUGUCAGCUAUCUGCAGGAGGUUCAGUUGCUGCUGCCGUCAAGCUUAAUAAACAGGCCUCAGAAAUCUGCAUCAACUGGGGCGGAGGUCUUCAUCACGCAAAGAAAUCAGAAGCUUCAGGAUUUUGCUACGUUAAUGAUAUUGUACUUGGCAUAUUGGAGCUAUUGAAGUAUCACCAGAGAGUUCUGUACAUUGACAUUGAUGUACAUCAUGGAGAUGGUGUGGAAGAAGCUUUCUACACUACAGAUAGAGUUAUGACAGUGUCAUUCCAUAAGUAUGGAGAAUAUUUCCCAGGCACAGGCGACUUGCGCGACAUCGGUGCUGGCAAGGGCAAGUACUACGCCGUAAAUAUUCCUCUACGUGAUGGCAUGGACGACGAGUCUUACGAGUCCAUCUUCGUGCCCAUCAUCUCUAAGGUCAUGGAAACAUUCCAGCCCAGUGCUGUAGUGCUGCAAUGCGGUGCGGAUUCUCUUACAGGUGACAGACUGGGUUGCUUCAACUUGACGGUUCGUGGUCAUGGACGCUGCGUUGAGCUCGUUAAACGAUUUGGACUGCCGUUUCUUCUAGUUGGAGGAGGAGGCUAUACAAUCCGCAACGUAUCCCGUUGCUGGACAUACGAAACAUCGGUAGCGCUCGGUGUCGAAAUCGCGAACGAAUUGCCUUACAAUGACUACUUCGAGUACUUCGGACCCGACUUCAAGCUCCACAUUUCACCCAGCAAUAUGUCCAACCAGAAUACGCCGGAAUAUCUUGAAAAAAUAAAGAACAGACUCUUUGAAAACUUGAGAAUGUUACCUCAUGCGCCUGGUGUACAGGUACAAGCAAUCCCAGAGGAUGCAGUCAACGACGAAUCUGAGGACGAGGACAAAGUUGACAAAGACGAAAGACUUCCGCAAAGCGAAAAGGACAAACGUAUUACGGGCGACGGGGAGCUAUCCGAUUCUGAGGACGAGGGUGAGGGCGGGCGACGCGACAACCGCUCGUACCGCAAUCCACAGCCACGCAAGCGCCCGCGCCUCGACAAGGACAGCGCGCAGCUCAAGGACGAAGUCAAAUCUGAAGACUCUAAAGACGAAGUGAAAAACGUGAGUACAGUGGAAGAACCAAAGAAAGAAGUACCGCCCAACCCGUGAUCGAGAUAAAUACUCUCAUUAAGAUGCAUUUUAUUCGCUCACGACAUGUGUUCGACAUGUCUCGAAUCGGAGAGGGAUUGUUUACAUGGAACACGUUAUUUCUAUUUAUAUAAGGAAGACAUGUUACAGCCAACAGCAUAAGCCGCGGAACACACAUACAGGGCGUACUAAUCAGUGUUGGGCGUUAAUCAAUUAAAUUUCAAUCAAUAAUUCAAUCAGAUUAAAAAAUCAAUUCAAUUGAAAUCAAUUGCAAUUUGUUUGAUUUGUGUGUAGUUGUGUUUCGUUAAUCAAUCAAUAAUUUGUGAUUGGUUAAUCGGAUCCCAACAGGCCCCCCAUCCGGGGCCCCAACCGGGCCCCCAACCGGCCCCAUAACCGGGGCCCCCAACCGGCCCCAUAACUGGCCCCCCAGCCGGGCCCCCAUAACCAACGCCCUAACUCACCCCAAUAUGCCCUAAUAUAAAUUUAUCAUAAUUGUCAGUUUUAAUUGUUAAUCAAAAACAUUGAAAAGAUUGAAAAUUGAUUAAUUGUUAAUAGUUAAUUGCGGUUCUCGCAA